GGCAACACUGUUAAUUUACUAAACGUCAGAUUUUGUUUCAUUCAUAUCAUGUCAAUUUUAUUUCCCUUUUGAUAGUGGGCAGUCUGUUUAAGUUUGUGAUUGUUUAUUUAAAUAAAACAUUAUGAUGGCUGACGACACGACAGCCGAUGCAACGAGAAGACUAAAUGUUAAAAAACAGACUCUAGAUGAUGCAUAUGCAGCGCCGGCAAAUUUCUUAGAAAUUGACGUGGUAAACCCAAUAACAACGAUGGGUGUCGGAAAAAAACGCUACACCGAUUAUGAGGUUCGCAUGAGGACCAACCUGCCCGUGUUCAAAGUGAAGGAGUCGAGCGUAAGACGGCGGUACAGUGACUUUGAGUGGUUGAGGAAUGAGUUGGAAAGAGAUAGCAAGAUUGUAGUCCCUCCUUUGCCCGGCAAAGCUCUCAAGAGACAGCUGCCCUUCCGCGGCGACGACGGCAUAUUUGAGGAGGAGUUUAUUGAAGACCGCAGAAAAGGACUGGAGGUGUUCAUCAACAAGAUCGCCGGACACCCGCUGGCGCAGAACGAGCGCUGCCUCCACAUGUUUCUGCAGGAGCCCACCAUCGACCGCAACUACGUGCCCGGCAAGAUCCGCAACACGUAACCGCGCCCCCCCACCACCCCACCAUCCCACCACCCCACAACAACAACCACCACCAUCACCACCAGCACCAGCACGCCGUCGCUGCAAGCCGCGCUUUGGCCAACGGUCUUCACUCAACACUUUCUUUGUCGCCCAAUUUGUUCGCUCCACAUAGUGACUUACUUUUUGGGGAAAGCAGGUGCCGUGAACUCGACUGCGGUGUUAAAGUAUCUGUCUCUAUAAUAAAUUGUAAUUAAUUGUAUAAAAAGUAGAGUUUGUGGCAAUAGAGGCCGAUCUUUUAGAAAUAAUUAAAUAAUUGUGAUCUAUUAAGUUAUAUAAAUGUAAGCGGUCUCCGGAUGCAUAAUAAAUAUGAUCGUGUGAAAGUGAGCACAGCACAGCAGUUGAGUUGUUACAUCGCAGCAAGGAGUAGCAGCAGUAGUGGAGCAGCGGACACCUGCAGCGCGGCGCCGUCUCACACUCACGUCUACACAACUGUCGUAAAGUUCCCGUCCUCUACAUAAAUUAAAACUCAAAACCAAACUAAACCAUCUUACUGAGACAAAAUCAUGCAGGUUAGGUGAGAGUCGCGGCGUCGUCGUCAUAGUGUUUUCGAACAACAUUGUACUAAAGUUUAGUAGUUAUUGUUUAAAAUUAAGCAAUAUUAUUGGAUUCGUUAAAUUUUAAUUUAAAUAUAUUUAUCACGAGCCAUUGGAAAUGUAAGUUUGUUUGUCUUUAAUCGUGUUGCCCUACUCGAGAGGGGAGUUGAUGUAACGCUUUUAUAUAUUUUGCGCGGAUAAAUCUCAUUCAUGUAUAGUUUUGCUUAUUUAAGAAAUUAUAUUUAUUACGAAGAAUUACUCGAGAGAGAUGAAGUGGCACUGACUCGUGCCGCGUACCGCGCGCUCGUAUCUCGUGCCGCGUACCGCGCGCUCGUGCCUCGUGCC